AGAAGCAGUCCCAACAGCUGGUGCUCGAAGCCCAGGAUCGUGUGAAGGCGGCUGAAGCUGAUACGACUAAGGCUAUGGAUGAUAAAGCCGCGGCGAUUGCCUUCGCGAAGGAGCAGCAGGCGAUCGCAGAGAAGGCUGUGGAAGAAGCUGCACAGGUUGUUGAGUCAUCAAAGCAGAAGGUCGCACGUGCCGAGACGGAAGCUGUCAGGUCGAAGGCGGCUGUGGCUGAAAGUAGAAAAGAAAAGGUGGUACCUACCCCAGAGACGCCGGAGAAGACCCCGGAUGUGACCACGGGUGUAUAA